AUGGAAUUGGAUGUUGUGUUCUCCCUUGACGAGGGUUCUCGAGCCACCUUCCUCCGAAGGUUGAUGCACUCUUUUCACUGCAUCUACAUUUGCGUCUGGUCUCAUUUCCCCCUUUCCAAUUGUUUGUUGAAUCUGGACAGAUUGUACAGGGAAGAUGAUGAUGAUGAUGAUAAACAACAAGCCAGUUCUUCUUUGGGCAGUUUUGAUCGGAGGCUGUUCAACGACUAUACCCAAUUGGUAUUCAAUGUCCAAAACAACCUGGUCCCCGGGCAUGCUUUCAACAACAAUAUUUCCUUCUUAGAGCUUCGGGAAUCGCUUCUUCAAACCCACGCUUCCUAUCAAAUUCAGAGACAAUUCUAUGCUGCAGCAGGAAUCAAGAGCUCAGUUUUCAUGGGGAGCAGCAAUGGAGAAAUCGAACUUGGCUUCUGGCAGUCGGAGGUGAAUAUGGUAGAGAAGAUGAAAGUAAUAAGUGAAUUAAUUCCGAGAAGUUGGGCAGAAGUAGCUUCGUCAUCAAUGGCGGCUCUUGAAAACCCUCCGGUGGCGGUAGCGCUGACGUCAUCCAGUUCUUCUUCUCUGAAAUCACCAAUAUCAACAUCCAUGGGAAGCCCAGAAACGUCGUGUUCCCUCUUUCAAACUGAUCUUUCUAAGAUACUAUUGCAGCCGGAAAGUGCGUUUAAGAAAUAUGCCAAGUUGGCGGCGCCGGCGCCGGAGGAUCGGGGGCGAAGGCAAAUUAGCAUGGUGAAGAAAUGGAUUAUGUUCUAUAGAAACUUGAAUUCAAUGGGAAUUACACGACAAUUAGCAACUGCAUCUGGGCGGCCGGCGUCGGCUCAAUUGCUUCACAUGAUAUCAGAGCGCAGAAGGAGACAGAAACUCAACGACAGUUUUCAGGCCUUGCGAUCCCUUCUCCCUCCUCCAACUAAGAAAGAUAAAGCAUCGGUACUGGCAACAACCAGAGAAUACUUGACCAAAUUGAAAGCACAAGUUUCAGAACUCAGCCACAAGAACCGGAUGCUUCUAGAAGCUCAGCCGAACAACAAACAACAGGCAAUUACCACCAGCUCCUCCGUUAACGAGCGGUUCACAGUCAGGGUUUCCCACGCGCCGGCGGCCGAUGAAGCAGAAAAAUUCUUUGAUUUGGAAAUUACCGUUAGAUCAGGCGAAGGUUUGCUAAUGGCCAACGUCGCCAUUCGCGUGCUUCAAUUCUUGAGGAAUGCGGUGGAUGUGGGGGCAGUUUUGUCAUUUCGUGGUGACGACACCAUGGCUCCAUCUUCUUCCCUCAGCCGCCUCGCCUUCAGAUUUACCCUACAGGGUGGCGAAUGGGACGAGUCGGCCUUCGUGGAAGCAGUGAGAAGAAUUGUCUCUGACGUAGCACCCCAUAAGGGAAAAUUAAAUCAUAACGCCAAUAUUCCUUUCACACGUGUAAUCGAUGAUGUUCCCUCUUUUCCAGCCCUUGACCGUCGAUAUUUUGUAAACCACGUGAUUAUGAAUACCAAUAUAGAGUUUAAAAAAAAAAGUUAA